AAAAGAGAAAAGACAUAUUUACUGAUUCAGAUUGUUUUACUGUUCUUUAAAGGUUUAAAGCUGAGUGUCUUUAACGUUUUCCGGAUAUUUAGGGUAUUACGUUUUCUUACCGACUUUGAAAGGUUUAGGAUAAUCUUUGAUGCUGUGUUCAACGUGUCUUACUCUAUCAUGACGUACUGUAUUAUCAUUUUUAUAGUUUUCUACAUAUAUGCUAUAGUAGGCAUGGAGCUGUUUGAAGGAUUAAUCAAGUUCAUUGACCAAACGAAUACGGCAAGUAAUGCAUCUCUAUGGACAACAAAUACUACAUCUCGGCAGGAGUUGGCUAAUUUGUGCAACAAUACCAAGUUGAACGGUAGUAUGUUUGUUGACAAUCACUACUGCAAUGUUAACUUUAACGAUAUUCUUAACUCAUUUGUUCUCAUCGCAUCCUUGCUGAUUGUCAAUAACUGGCAUGUGAUUUGUGAAGGAUAUGGUUUAGUAACAAACAAAGCUGCUAGAUUAUACUUUAUGAGUUUCCACCUUUCAAUCGCUGUUGUCAUAAUGAAUAUUGUAACGGCUUUCAUUUUGGACAUGUUUAUGUACGAGUACACAUUUUCCAAAAAAGGCACAUUGGAUACCAAGGUAGAAAUGACUAUUAAACAGCUUCAACUUGGUAUUGACGAUGAAACCGGUAUGGAAAUCACUGAAGAUUCAAAGCGUAAAGAAGGAGACAGCAUUGACGGCAUUCAUCAAGGGGAAAGCAUGUAUCAUACAAAGCACAUGAUACAGAAGUUGGCUUCAAAACAAAAUGCUCAUGCUCAAGUAAAGCCUAAUCUUACCAGAUAUGAUGGAAUACGGUUCCACAUGAAAAAGAGAGAUUGGACUAGGACAGAGCUACUUUUGCAACAGUUGUUUGAGCUAGAAGAGGAAAUAGCUGAAUCUGACAAAGAUCAUCACCUAAUAAGUAUGCUUAACCAAUAGAGAUCAUCCUGUCAUUUGUUCUUAGAGGAACUAAGAAAACGUAAACAGAUUGGAUACAUUUAACUGCGUGAACACUAGUUCCUUAGUAGUGUUGGUGUGAAAACAUAGCAGCUUUUGGACAGGCGAAAAUAGACUCACAGGCGAAAAUAGACUCACAGGCGAAAGAGUUUUCUUAUACCAUUUUAAAGACCAUUGAAAGGUUUAGGAUAAAUGUUCAAAAUAUAAAGAUGAAAAGAUCACACGGGUAUGUAACGCAAUAGCUGCCCCAUUUCUUUUUAUCUUGCCCAGAAAGCGUCUUAUUAUGUCAAAUUUAAGCUUUGUAAUGCCAUUGUAAUUUGUCGACUUGUCUAAACAGUGCCUUAUUAUGCGUAACAGUAGUCUUAUCUCUUUAAAAUGUGAUGUUGACUUGUGUUAACAUUGUUUAAUUUUUUCAAACAGUAGUGUUAUCAUGUAAAAAUGUCGUUUUGACUUGUCUGAAAUGUGUCAUAUUAUGUCAAACUGUGAAGCUGUUGAACUCUUAAGACAAUUUCUAAACAAAUUACCACCACCGUUGGACAAGAAAGCAUGCUAUUUUGACAUAAAAGACAUUCUCUAAGCAAGAUAACACCGAAUUUGAACACAAUGACAUGGCCGUCUGACAAAAUGUGACGGUGUUUAGACAAGUCAUGCCACAUUUGGACAAGACAAAACGACAGUAUAACAUAAUACAACAGUGUCAUAACAUACCAGGAUCACAUUUGGACAAGAUGACACCAACUUUCGACAAGAUAACACUACUGUUUCCCAUGAUAAGACAAUUCCAAGACAAUUCAACAAAUAAACAUUUAAAAAAAGUAUGUGUUCAGACAUAUUGAAAUCUUAAUUCGAAAAGAUGGCGUGCAUGUUAAACAUAUUUAGACUUCCAUUCGGCAUGUUGACACCAGAUAACAUGACGUUUUUAAGACAGUGUUUAGACAAGUCAGCACUAAGUUUUGACAAGAGAAAAUGAAUAUUUGACCUGAUUAGACUUUGUUAAGACAGGUUCUCAUAAAACGUUGGCAAGCCCACACUUCUAUUAUACAUAAUAAGACUCUUUCAGGGAUGGCGUUCCAUACACGGGUAACAAUGAACGUUUUUAAAAGUUUUGCGUUUGAUAGAAAUUAAUUAAUAUUAACUCAUGCUGACUUAUGGCUAAGUGAAUGUGUAGGACAAUGUACAACAAUUUGGAAAAGCAACAUAACAUUUACGAAAGCAAAUAAGCUUGUAAGGCAGUAAGCUUGCUUAAGCAUUUCUGACGUUUGUAUUUAUUGUAUUAUUUCUGAAUUAGUAUUUGUGCGUUUUUAAUAGUUUGUAUCACAAUUUCUCUUAAAUGCAUUUAAAUUUCUACUUUUCGUCAUUUACAUUCGUAAGAGAACUUCACUUUUUAAGUUGAAGAUUUCAUUGGGUAUUAAGAAACGGUUUUCUGGUUUUGCUUUAUCGAAGCCAUUAUAGAUUAAUACAGUAUCAUUGUAUUUCAAAUUCAUUAAAGCAUUAAAGAAAUAGAGGAUAUUUGUUUAGUCCGGUGUAAGAUCGGAAUAUAUUUCACCGAGUGAGCACCAAAAGAUAUAUUUCACGAGUGGCGCAGCCACGAGUUAAAUAUGAACUUUUGGUGUUCACAAGGUGAAAUAUAUUUCGAUCUUACACUAAACUAAACAAAUUUUCUUUUUAUUAUAUGCAAAGAAACGUUUUAAAAAGACAUUAAACCUAAUACUGAAUGAAAAGCGCGCCAAAUAAUAAUACAACGUGACGUCAUUUACGACGUCACGUCAUUAAGUUGGUACCCAGUUCUGUGCACGCUGAUAUUUCCCUGAAACAACGUAAGGGGCUUAAAUUCAGAACAGUGAAAUUAUCAAAGUGGUAAUUUCACUGUUUCAAGCAGUGAAAUUACCAGUUUUAUUUCACUGAUAUAUUUCUAUAAACCACCGAAAAGCAUGUAAUAAAGAAACAUAUUUAAGCUUACAAUUUGUAAAAAGGAAGUAUUUCACAUAUCUGAUUUUCUGGAAUGAUGCAAAGCUCUAUAUUAUCAAGUGGUCACAUUAUACUACUGCACAAUCUUAAGGAAUCUCAUAAAAGGCACAAUCAUGUAAUUUUAAAUUUUUACUAUGAUUAUUUUUCAUAUCUUUUUGUACAUGUAAUUACCGUUGUGAAUAUGUUUCAAAUAAAAAAAAUUUCUUUA